CUUGGUUGCUCGCACGGUACCAAUCUAACCCACGUGGUUCGUACGCAUGCGCGUUCCCCACCAGCUGGGAUUUCGCAAGGCUAGAGGUGUGCGCUGUGCUGGAGUAGAGACGGCGCAGGGAGGGCCAGGGUCCUGGGUGCCCACCGGGGCGCCUGGGGGUGAAGGCAUUGAGGAGGUGCCCUUGGGAGCAGUUCAUGAUGGAGGAGGCGUGUCUGCUGCCUCUCAGACGGAAGGAGUGGCGGUGGUCGUAGCCUCGGCUGCCACUGUGUUUGCGAGCAGCAGCAGUGGUGCCAGCUGCAGUGGCGUGAACGGCAUGGUUGCGGGCACCUCAUCUCAACAGGUGGCCCUGGCUGAGCUUCCCACCGUUGACCAGCUCAAGGCGAUGGGCCUGUGCGACACGCUCAUCAUUCUGAGUGAUGCCAGCCAGGGUGCACAGCCCGUCAGCCUGGUCAGUUCCCUUGAGCCUGUCCAGUGCCUGGAGGGCACAGCCGAGGCCAUGGCCAGAAGUGGGGCCAAUCUGGUGCUGUGCCUGCCUGACGAAUCGCUUUCGCUGGAGGUUGGGGCCUCUGUGCAGGAAGUGCCUGGUGGCUGGACCUGGGUGCAGGACCCCACGUCGGCUGCUGCAGCCGUCGCUGCCGCUGGCGAUGCCACAGCCCUCAUCCGGGCCAGUGCGCCCAUCGUGGUUUCUGGCACGCCCACACUUGCCACUGCGCCUGGCGGAGAAAUGUUGUUAGUGAUGGACUCCUCCCCUGUGGAGGAUUCGGUGGGCUUGGCCGCCAAAAGCUGGUUCAACGACUCCGUGAUAGCCACCCAAGCACUGUUAACGCUUGAGGGCCACAAGUGAUUUCUGGUGCAUCAUUGUUUUCUUUUAUUUCUUUACUUACGAGGGGAAUGAGGUGACGAAAAAGACCGGCGCUUUUCAGCCGGUCGUAGGGACUUCUGCUGGUGUGUGAUGAACUCCUCCUUGUUGCAUAAGUGAGCUGCUUUUGGACUUGUUGGUGAGACAGUGACCUAUCGAAUGUUAAGUGAAAGUUGUUUUGAAGUCAGUUUUGCAGUUUUUUGUUUCUCUGAAGAAACGCAUUCAAUGUGAAUGGGUCGGGAACAGUGCGAGUGCCACCAUUUGAAGCACUGCUAG